UACUCGUGAAUUUUUUUUGUCAACAGUUAACUAAUUUGUUCACGCAAAGCAGUUAGAGCGUCCAACAAGUCCUUGGAAAAAAUAGUAAGAAAAAGUAAAAAAAUGGACAGAACAGAUCCAGCCAUAAGCCUAAUUCGUCGAGAAAUAGUGAAAAAUCAUCUAGAAGUUGCAGCAUCGAUUCAAGACAUCCAGCAAUGCACAGGGCCUCUGGAGCUUCUAAACGAAUUGAAUGCCGAGGGCCGAUCAAGAAUAUCAAAAUUGAGAAAUAGCAUCGAGAGCCUAUCGAAUUUAGCAGAGACCGAGAUAAACGCUAAACGAAAAGCCGAAUUAUUGCUGGAAGUUGAGGACAGAAAGAGUCAAUUAUCAAUGGCUCUGGCAGCUUUCAAGAAAGCCAAUAUUGUAGGUGCGUGUGUGAUUGAUAAAAUGGCUAGAGAGGAAUUGCUGACAACAUCAGAGGAGCAGGAGAUGAUACUGAGGAAGAGGAGAGAUCGCCAGGGUUUUGCUGAUACAGCAAACAAAGCUACUGAUAGGCUUCUCAGUAUUUCAAGAACACUAGCUGAAACCAAUCAACGAAGUGCUGAUACCCUUGACACUCUCUUGACGUCUUCAGAUAAAGUCACUGGCACCAAAGAAGAGCUAGAGCACCAACAACAGGCGAUUGUUCAAUCGGGAAAGCUCCUGGGAAAAUAUGGAAGACGAGAAGUUACAGACAAGGCUCUCCUUGCUCUGGCAUUCGCUUUUUUUCUCGCUUGUGUGUUUUAUAUCAUUCAGAAGAGGAUUUGAUCGGGGAUUUUUGCAGAAAUGAUGACGUCUUUAGUUCGAUAACAAAGAGCAAGGGAACAAGAGUGAAAUAUAAACACAUUCUCGUCGCGUUUAUUAAGAUGAAGAGUGAAGAGUCAGGAUAAAAUAAUCUCAUCAGCAAUUCACGAUGACAGAGAUAUAUUUAAGAAUUCAUAUGGCAGAAUUAAAGAACGACUGAAAGAAUUGUUUUGCUCGGCUAUAAACUUUUAUCCCGGGAUAUUUUUCCUCGUCUUUUGUCCCUGGAGUUGACUAGGGCUGUGAUAUAAAAGACUGAGAGACUUCUGCACUUCGUCAUUCGCAUCUAAAAUUCCCAACAAGUUUCACCUCAAAAUAAUUCCAUAAACAAUUACAAAAGUUGUAAAAUUUUGUUUUAAAAAAUGAAGACAAUUAUUGUUCUGCUCUUGUUCGUCAUCACGUGUGUUUUGAGUGCUCCAUGGCUGGAGGAAAUAUUAAUCCCAUAUCCACAACGGAGAGCUGAGACGAGACGCAGUCGUCAUGGAAAAAAUGGGAAAGAACGAUGGAAAGAGAUCUGCAACACGAUAAAUCCAAAUGGCUACGCAUUCCCAGGACAAAUACCGUAUCCAGCAUUAGCACCUUGUCCUUAUUAAUUAUUUACGUGGAGUCUACAAGACACUUGUAAUAAUUAUUCUUUAUCCAUAAGUAAAUUAUACGCGGGGGAAUGCGUCUUUUUUCUUCCAUUUUACAACAUUAAUUUCUCUCUCGCAUUAUUGAGGUACUGUGUUAUGUACUCACUUGAAAUAUUAUUAAACAAGCUGCAAAAAAUUUAAAUAAAUAGCUAUUUGCAUAUACCACUUUAAGAACAUUUUUUAAUUAUUGAAAUGACAUUAAUUGUCUAGAUUUCGUUAUUUUUUUUUCCACUUUUCACUAUAGAUGUAAUUUAUUAAAAUAACAUUGUAUAUUAUUUAAUAGAUCUCAGCGAGCACUUUAUAGUACUAUUCGGAUUAUCCAAUUUGAUUUGAUGAAAAGUUAUUAAUGAUAAUAGCAAUUCCGUUUAAAUAAAAUCCACAGUAAUUUUUGUUAUCCACAUAAAUACUUAUGUAUUUCAUUUUCAUAUACAAGCUCAUUGAAUAUGUCAUCCAAUGUAGCAAAGAGGAAAUAAGAAUAAUAGAAAUAAUAAUAAGUAAAGUAGCUAGCUCGACUAGUUAUGGAAGGAUAAUUUAAUGAAUCCAAACGUUCGUUGUGUACAGCUCCUGUACGUAUUUUAUAUAUCAGAUAUAUGUAUAAAUAAACACAAUCAUAAUUUUA